AUGAAGGAUGAUAACAGGGCAAGAGUAAAAUGGGAUGAGGAUAAUCUGGGGGAAAUCGAAGCAAACAAGCCUGUGAGGCAGAAAAUCACUGAACCCAAGACCCCGUAUCACCCAAUGAUUGAUGUUGAUGAUGAUUCUCUGUCUCCAAGGAGGAGUGUCUUUAACGAGGUUGUUGAGGAUGCAAUGAGUGCAGAAGAACUGCGAAAUGCAUUGGAUAGCAUGGCUUCCUCAAGUAGAAACACACGAUCUAGUGGCUGGACAUCAUCUGACGAUGAGGUUGAUCGUAUGGAACAAGAUGAAGAAGAUUCUGAAACAGAUAGGAGUUCAAGUUUUAGGGAGCUCAGACGAGCACAUUAUGACGAGUUCCUGAAAGUGAAACAACUAAGGCGGGAGGGUUCUUUCUUAGAGGAUGAAGAUGAUGAAGAAAAUGGUGAUGAGAAGGAGAGCACUUCAUCAUUAACCGCGGGUGUGAGAGAUAUAGAGAUUGAAGAAGGUAUAGAGAUUGAAGAAGGUACUGAAACUUCCCAUCAAAAUUCUUCAACUCCAGUUAAUGGGGCUCAGAGGCCAUAA